GUGUCACUUUGAUUGACAAUUGGAAGUUUGGAACUACUUCUUGAUGACGUGAAGCGCCACCAAAUGCAAAAAUUUGGAAUGGAAAAAAUGAGGAGAAUAUCCUUCAUAACCAUUUGGUGAAACAAAGAGUGCUGAGGUGAUAGAUAGAAGGGUUUUUGCUGACAAGUGAGAUUGACCAAGGCUGAUUGAGGUGGCUUUAUUUAUUCAGUUGUAAAGAAUGAUGGACUGCGGUUACAAGUCACAAUACAUGGGUGGCCAACGAGAGAAGUUUGUAAGGUUGGAUGACUUGGAUUCUAGAAUAUCAUCAUCUUCUGAUACUGGCUUGAAUAAAUGUGGAUUUAAUGUUGAGGGAUUUAGCCGCACAGCUCAUGCAAGAGAUGGAACAUCUAGAUCUUUUAAGAGAGGAAUGAAAAAAGGAUCCGAAGGACUUAAAUCAAUUGGUCGAUCACUUAGAUUUGGGGUUUCUCGGGCAGUGUUUCCAGAAGAUCUUAAAGCUUCAGAGAAGAAGAUAUUUGAUCCUCAAGACAAAUUCCUCCUCUUGUGGAAUAGACUUUCUGUUGUAUCAUGUAUUUUGGCAGUGUCUGUGGACCCUCUCUUUUAUUAUCUUCCAGUCAUUAAUCAAACAUCAUUUUGCAUUGGUUUGGAUCGAAGGUUAGCAAUCACAGUGACUACAUUGCGGACGAUUGUUGAUGCUUUUUAUCUCAUUCACAUGGCUCUCCAAUUCCGAAUUGCUUAUAUUGCCCCAUCAUCUCGGGUUUUUGGACGAGGUGAACUUGUGAUAGACGCUGCAAAAAUAGCCAGGCGAUAUUUGCGGGGGUAUUUCAUCGUUGAUUUCCUUUCUGUGCUACCCCUACCACAGAUUGUGGUUUGGAGAUUUCUUCAGAGUUCAAAUGGUCCAGAUGCACUGGCUACAAAACAGGCCUUGUUUUUCAUUGUCUUGCUUCAAUACUUCCCCAGAUUUAUUCGAAUCUUACCUUUAACUUCGGAACUGAAAAGGACAGCAGGUGUUUUUGCUGAAACUGCUUGGGCAGGUGCUGCAUAUUACUUGCUAUUAUACAUGCUCGCUAGUCAUAUAGUUGGGGCAUUCUGGUACCUGUUAGCUGUAGAUCGCAAUGACACAUGCUGGCGGCAGGCUUGUUCUGAUGAUGUCAAAUGCAAAAGUUUCUUGUCUUGCAGCAACCCACGCCCAGCAUCAAAUACCUGGGGGACUUCUCUUAAUUCAAAUUGUUCAACAAAUGAUACUGCACCAUUUGAUUUUGGAAUCUAUAAAAAUGCUUUGUCAUCUGGAGUUGUUUCAUCCAGGAAGUUUGUCUCCAAAUACUGUUACUGUUUAUGGUGGGGGCUACAGAAUUUAAGUACACUUGGCCAGGGACUUCAAACCAGCACCUAUCCUGGAGAGGUUAUAUUUUCCAUAGCACUUGCAAUAUCUGGUCUCAUCCUCUUUGCACUUCUGAUUGGUAACAUGCAGACCUAUCUUCAGUCACUAACAAUUCGGCUUGAGGAGAUGAGAGUUAAAAGGCGUGAUUCAGAACAGUGGAUGCAUCAUCGCUUACUCCCACAGGACCUAAGAGAGCGGGUUAGACGUUAUGAUCAGUACAAGUGGUUGGAAACACGUGGAGUAGACGAACAGAAUUUAGUUGAGACUCUACCAAAGGAUCUUAGGAGAGAUAUCAAGCGGCACCUCUGUCUCGCUUUAGUGAGGAGGGUUCCUCUAUUCGACAAUAUGGACGAGAGAUUGCUUGAUGCCAUUUGUGAGCGACUGAAACCAUGUUUAUUCACAGAGAGUACUUACAUAGUCCGGGAAGGAGAUCCAGUUGAUCAGAUGCUUUUUAUCAUACGUGGUCGCCUCGAGAGUGUAACCACAGAUGGUGGGAGGAGUGGGUUUUUCAACCGCAGUUUUCUUAAAGAAGGUGAUUUCUGUGGGGAGGAGCUUCUGACCUGGGCACUGGAUCCCAAAUCGGGAGCUAACCUCCCAUCUUCUACUCGGACAGUGAAGGCUAUAACUGAAGUUGAGGCUUUUGCCCUAAUAGCUGAAGAGUUGAAAUUUGUGGCAAGUCAAUUUAGACGCCUUCACAGUAGACAGGUUCAACAUACCUUCCGUUUCUACUCACAGCAGUGGAGAACUUGGGCUGCAUGCUUUAUCCAAGCAGCAUGGCGCAGAUAUCACAAGAGGAAGAAUGCAGAGCUUCGGCGCAAAGAAGAAGAAGAAGCUGAAGCAUCAGAAGGAAGCCACAGCAGUGUUGGUGGAGGUUCAUUUAGUAUUGGUGCCACUUUCUUAGCUUCCAGGUUUGCAGCAAAUGCUCUUCGUGGUGUUCACCGAAAUCGGAAUGCAAGGACAGCUAGGGAAUUGGUAAAACUGCAGAAGCCUUCUGAGCCUGAUUUUACUGCUGAUGAUGCAGACUGACUUUGUGAUGUAAAAUAAUUCGUUUGAUACGCUGAUGACUGAAUUUUUUUUGUGAUAAUACUCUGCCUAAAAAACAAUGUAUAAUACUACUUGAAAUAGUGCUUGUAAGUUUGAGGGAAGAAAAUGUAAAAGAUUGUAUGCUUGUGUUGCUA